CGCGCCCGCGGCCGGCCCGCCGCGCCCCCCGGCGCCCGCGCCCCGCGGCCCGCUGCCCGCCCGCAUCGGCUACUACGAGAUCGACCGCACUAUCGGCAAGGGCAACUUCGCCGUGGUCAAGCGCGCCACGCACCUCGUCACCAAGGCCAAGGUUGCAAUCAAGAUCAUAGAUAAGACCCAGUUAGAUGAAGAAAACUUGAAGAAGAUUUUCCGGGAAGUUCAGAUUAUGAAGAUGCUUUGCCAUCCCCACAUCAUCAGGCUGUACCAGGUCAUGGAGACAGAGCGAAUGAUCUAUCUGGUGACCGAGUACGCCAGCGGCGGGGAGAUCUUUGACCACCUGGUGGCCCAUGGCCGGAUGGCUGAGAAGGAGGCCCGGCGAAAGUUCAAGCAGAUCGUUACGGCCGUCUACUUCUGUCACUGCCGGAACAUCGUCCAUCGAGACCUCAAGGCUGAAAACUUGCUUCUGGACGCCAACCUGAACAUCAAAAUCGCAGAUUUCGGCUUCAGUAACCUCUUCACCCCGGGGCAGCUGCUGAAGACCUGGUGCGGCAGCCCCCCCUAUGCGGCGCCCGAGCUCUUCGAAGGCAAGGAGUACGACGGCCCCAAAGUGGACAUCUGGAGCCUGGGGGUCGUCCUCUACGUGCUGGUGUGCGGGGCGCUGCCCUUCGACGGGAGCACGCUGCAGAACCUGCGGGCCCGCGUGCUCAGCGGCAAGUUCCGCAUCCCGUUCUUCAUGUCCACAGAGUGCGAGCACCUGAUCCGCCACAUGCUGGUCCUGGACCCCAGCAAGCGUCUCUCCAUGGAGCAGAUCUGCAAGCACAAGUGGAUGAAACUCGGGGACACCGACCCCAGCUUUGACAGGCUGAUCGCCGAGUGCCAGCAGAUCAAGGAAGAGCGGCAGGCCGAGCCCCUGAACGAGGAUGUGCUCCUGGCCAUGGAGGACAUGGGCCUGGACAAGGAGCGGACCGUGCAGUCGCUGCGGUCAGACGCCUACGACCACUACAGCGCCAUCUACAGCCUGCUGUGCGACCGCCACAAGAGGCACAAGACCCUGCGCGUGGCUCCGCCCAGUGCGCCCCGCGCCAUGGCCUUCCCACCAGCCCCCGUCAGCAUGCAGGCGGAGCAGGCCGGCACCGCCAUCAACAUCAGCGUGCCCCAGGUGCAGCUCAUCAACCCCGAGAACCAGAUCGUGGAGCCCGACGGCACCGUGAACCUGGACAGUGACGAGGGCGAGGAGCCGUCCCCCGAAGCUCUGGUCCGCUACCUGUCCAUGAGGAGGCACACGGUGGGGGUGGCCGACCCUCGCACGGAGGUCAUGGAGGAUCUGCAGAAGCUCCUGCCCGGCAUCCCAGGCACCAGCCCGCAGACGCCCUUCCUGCAGGUGACCCCCAACCUGAACUUCACCCACACGCUGCUGCCGAUGCAGCACCUGCAGCCCUCGGGGCAGCUGGAGUACAAGGAGCAGUCCCUGCUCCAGCCGCCCACCCUGCAGCUGCUGAACGGAAUGGGCCCGCUCGGCCGGAGGGCGUCGGACGGCGGCGCCAACAUCCAGCUGCACGCCCAGCAGCUGCUGAAGCGCCCACGGGGACCCUCCCCGCUGGUCACCAUGACCCCCGCAGUGUCAGCCGUCACCCCGGUGGACGAGGAGAGCUCGGACGGGGAGCCAGACCAGGAAGCUGUGCAGAGGUACUUGGCCAAUAGGUCCAAGAGACACACGCUGGCCAUGACCAGCCCUACCGCUGAGAUCGCGCCGGACCUGCAGCGGCAGCUGGGACAGCAGCCCUUCCGCUCCCGGGUCUGGCCCGCCCACCUGGCACCCGAGCAGCAUCGCUCUUCCUACAAGGACUCGAACACGCUGCACCUCCCCACCGAGCGCUUCUCCCCUGUGCGCCGCUUCUCGGACGGGGCUGCCAGCAUCCAGGCCUUCAAGGCCCACCUGGAGAAGAUCGGCAACAACAGCAGCAUCAAGCAGCUGCAGCAGGAGUGCGAGCAGCUGCAGAAGCUGUACGGGGGGCAGGUGGACGAGCGGACCCUGGAGAAGACCCAGCAGCAGCACGUGCUGUACCAGCAGGAGCAGCACCACCAGAUCCUCCAGCAGCAGCUCCAGGACUCCAUCUGCCCUCCGCAGCCUUCCCCGCCUCUCCAGGCCCCCGGUGAAAGCCAGCCGGCGCUCCUCACCCACCAGCUGCAGAGGUUACGAAUUCAGCCUUCGAGCCCGCCGCCCACCCACCCCAGCAACCACCUCUUCCGGCAGCCCAGUAACAGCCCUCCCCCCAUGAGUGGGGCCCUGAUCCCCCCUCACGGCGCGGCCCCCUCGCAGUUCCCAGGCCUCUCGGCCCGCAGCCCCCUCUACCAGCAGCCCGACACCGGCUCCCCUCCCCCGGCCGUGGCUCUCACCUGCCUGGGCCUGCAGCAGCCCGCCCCGCCGCAGCAGGUGACCAUCCAGGUCCAGGAGCCCGUGGACACGCUCAGCAGCAUGCCGGGCAGCGGGGCGGGCCCUGCCGGGCGGGGCCUGUCCAUCAACCCCGGGGCCAGCCAGAUGCCAGGGCCGCACCGGACCAGCCUGAUGGCCUCCUUCAGCUACGGCCACCGGCCCUUGUCCAAGCAGCUGAGCGCCGACAGCGCGGAGACCCACAGCUUGAACGGGAGUCGGUUCUCCCCGGCCAGCUACGACCAGGCACACCUCCACCCCCACCUGUUUCCGGACCAGCCCCGGGCCUCCCCCGGCAGCUACAGCCCGUCGGCGGGCGCGGGGCUCCCCCCGCUGGAGCAGCUCCCCGCCUUCCCGCCCGGCACCCCCCAGCCGCUCUACGCGGCGUCGGCGCUGCAGCAGGCCCUGCUGUCCCCCACGCCGCCCGACUGCAGCCGGCACCCGCAGGUGCCCCACAUCCUGCAGGGACUGCUCUCGCCCCGGCACUCGCUCACCGGCCACUCGGACAUCCGGCUGCCGCCCGCGGAGUUCGCGCAGCUGCUGAAGCAGCGGCGGCAGCAGCAGGAGCACCAGGAGCUGCUCCGGCACUUGAACCAGGGGGACGCCGGGAGGCAGACUGUGGCCGAGCGCCAGGCCCUGUCCUACCAGAACGCUGACUCGUACCCCCGGCCCCAUGCCCACCACGCCCCCCACGCCCACCACGCCCACAGCAGCCCCCAGCACCUGCUCCAGAUCCGGCCGCAGGACUGCCUCUCCCAGGAGACCCCGCCGCCCGCGCCCCGCGGCUUCGCGCCCGCGCUCCUGCCCUCCGAGAGCAUGGAGGAGGAGUGCUUCUGCCAGGGCGCCCGGGACGCCUUCCCCGACGCCAAGCCGCCCGGCGCGCUGCCCAAGGGCGGCCACGACAGCCCCCUGCUCUUGAGUACAGGCGGGCCUGGGGACCCCGAGUCCCUGCUGGGAACUGUGAGUCACGCGCAGGAACUGGGGAUCCACCCUUUCCGGCACCAGCCCGCCGCGGCCUUCAGUAGGAAUAAGGUGUCCAGCCGAGAGUCCAUCCUGGGGGACUGCAUGGAGAGAAGGGGCCCCGGCCAGGCCAUGGAGUUGCGGGAGCCUGACGGGCCGGGCUACCCGCCCCUCGGCAGCACCAGCGAGCCCCCGCGGCCCCGCGCGCUGCAGAGACACCACACCAUCCAGAGCAGCGACGAUGCCUACGUGCAGCUGGAGACGCUGUCGGGAAUGAGCCUCGUGGCGGGCAAGGCGCUGAGCUCGGCCCGCAUGGCCGACGCCGUCCUCAGCCAGUCCUCGCUCAUGGGCAGCCAGCAGUUCCAGGACGGGGGCGCUGCAGAAUGCGGGGACCCCCCCGGAGGCCCCGAGCUCCCCGACCUGCCCGAGGGCAGCCAGCACCUGAACCCCUGCUACCCCUCCACGUGCCUCAGCGGCAUCCUGCUUAGCUACAAGCACCCCGAGGUCUCCUUCAGCAUGGAGCAGGCCGGCGUGUGACAGGGUGUGUCCGGCCGGCCGGGGACCGGGACACUGGCUGGAGACAGACCCACAGUAUCUCGCCACCUCGCGCCAAACCGCCGCGUGUUUCUCUCCACCCGCGAGCCCCCGGCCCCGCCCUCACCUCUGGCUCCUCGUGCGCUGUUCUUUGGGGUGCUGCGGUGGGGGGGGGGGGGUUUGCCAUGUCCACCUCCAUGACCGCCUCGCCCGGGAAGUCAGCAGCUGGUCCACGGGGACCCCUCCCGUGGGCGCCGUGUGGCGGGUGGCUGGGGGCCUGGGGCUCUCGGGUCGGGGUAUGCGCUCCUGGAGGGUUCCCUUCUCCCCUUCCCCUUCUUGAAACGGCAGAGGGGAUCGUGAGCGGCCAGCACCCGGGGGCCAGAGGCACCCCUGGCCCCCAUGAGCCCACCGGCCGUGCCGCCCACCCAUCCCUCCUCCCGGGCCAGAGACUGAGGGCUGCGCGGGCGGGAGGGAGGGUGGCGUUGGUGAGAGUAAACCCAGACCAGCCCGAGCCUAGAGCCUGGGGGUCCCUGACUGCUCAACAGCUCAGCGGCCCAGCUGAGGUCCCAGGAGAACCAGCCCCGGCCACCGUGACAGGAACUCGGGUCCCUCCCAAACCAUCCUGCUGCUUCUCCCUGCCCCCCAACGUGGCUCUUCUCAUCCUCUGAUACUCCAGAAUUGUGUCCCCACGUACCUCGAGGGGGGGGGGGCGGGCCCCAGCGCCGGUGUCUCUGCCUCCGUUUCCUCUUCUGCCUCUUGGCCACCCCGGGCAAGAACAGGGAUCCACCCAGCCUCUUCCUCCUCCCCGGACCUCCUCAGACACCCACCCCCCAUUUUAAUUCAUCAUAUACGAAUUAUUUUGGGUAAAAUGUUGCUAGGAUUGUUCUUCUCAUGAAAUAAAAGCGAAAGGAAUUUUUGUUGGACAGAGCCAUGGUUCAUCGGCGCAUUCGCAGUGGGGCGUCUCGCCCGCGCCUCUCACUCCAAGGGUUUUUAUUUAGACGUCGUAACUGUGCCCAGUUCUCGCUUGUGCCGGUAACAAACAGGCCUCAUGGCCCCUCUGCCCCCCGCCGACCCAGUGCGUUUGUGGCACGAACUUCCCUUCCCGUCACCGUUAGAAACCAAAGUCUUCUCUGCGGGGCGGGGGGUGGUGGCAGGACUGGAUUCUCUCCCUCGGAGCUUCCAAAGAGGAACGAUGGGAAAAGUUCAGGUGGGGACCUUUUCCCAGGGAGAGGAGAGCAGAGGUCCCCCGCCCCUCCUGGUCCCUAGUUGUGAAUUUGCACAGAGGAAGGGGGACCCCGUGUGACCUCCCCCCCCAGGCAGCUCGGGCCCGAGCCCCAGAUUCCUGAGUGGAUUCCUGCCGUGCAAGAGCCUUUCUCGGGAUCCGGCCCAGCUUCCCAGGGUCCCCAACUCCCUCCCACUUGGGGGACCCCCAAGAGCUCAGCUGGAGGAGGCUAUCAAGGAAACCCCGACCACAACUGUCGACUUCUCUGGGCGCCUGCUGACCCCGAGCCCCCCCCACCCCCGAAUGCCCCCCCUACCCCACCGCGCACCACCUGUCCCGUUGACGUGGUACUGGACUUCCAGAAGCGUCCGUCACCCUCACCUCAGCGACACCCCGGCGCAAGCCAGUGAGCCUCCAAACCGUGCCAUCCUGCGAGCCAGUUUUGAGAAGUCAUUGCUUUGUAUUGUAGAACCAAUAUGCGCAGUAUAUGUUGAAUGUACAUGAAUAUACUUUCCUAUUUCUGUUCUUUGAAAAUGUCAGAAGUAUUUUUUUUUCCCUUUCUCAUCUAUGUUGAACUGAAAAAGGAUUAAAAAAAGCAAAACAGUCAGA